UUUCUUUCUCCCUUAAAACGUUAAACCCCUUUCUCCAUUUCCAUUCUUCCCUAUUUCUUCUUCUUCUUCUUCUAAUUCUCUCUGUUCCAAUGGCUGUUGACGUUCAUUCCUCUGUUUCUCGAGAACCCAUCUCUUUUCCUAAUGGAGUUCAUGAUCCUCCUACAAACCCAGAUGGAAUCGAUCAUAUUUCCACCAUUUCUCAACUUCCAUUGAUCAAUGAUUCUGACAAUCCCAAGCUCGCCGCUAAGCUUUCCAUUUCGCCCCCUCUAGAUGAAAAUCAGACGAAGCUCUCUGAUAUCGAAUCUCCUUCUUCUUCUUCUUCGUCGUCGUCGUUCGAUACCGAGAAAUUAGAGGAUUCUACCCAUCAUAACGGUCAUAUUCCCAUUCGUCCCCACCACGAAUUGAAACCCAAUAAUGGCGAAAUACGCGUAUUGGAGCCUCAUUCUCAACUUCCUAAACCCGAGGCCCCACCUGGGAUUUCCAUUUCCUCUGCUGAUGAACCGCCGCCCAAACGGUCGCAGAGUUUGGCUGAGAAUAUCUCCGUCGACAUGCCGUCGAUUGGGAAGUUUAUACGGGAGAGAAGCAAUAGCUUAUCGGCAGCGAUUUUCAAGCGGAUUUCGUCGCUUAAAGAUGAAGAAAAUGACGACGAGGAUGACAACGGAAAGUCCCAAACCGGCGUCACCGAAAUCAACCUCUCCGGUCUCAAAGUCGUGGUGAAACUGAAGAGCGAUGAAGAGAGAGAGAGAGAAUUAAAGGGAAGAAUCAGCUUCUUCUCAAGGUCGAAUUGCAGAGAUUGUAAAGCGGUUAGAAGUUUCUUCAACGAAAAGGGAUUGAGGUUUGUUGAGAUAAACGUCGACGUUUUUCCUCUAAGAGAGAAAGAGCUGAUGAAGAGGACGGGAAGUUCAUUGGUGCCGCAGAUUUUCUUCAACGAAAAGCUAUUUGGGGGUCUCGUGGCGCUCAACUCCCUAAGAAACAGCGGCGAAUUUGACCGGAGAAUCAAAGAUAUGCUGAGCAAUAAAUGUCCCGACGACGCACCGGCUCCGCCAGUCUACGGUUUCGACGAUCCAGAUGAAGGAUCGCCGGACCAACUACUGGAGAUCGUGAAAUUUCUGAGACAAAGAUUGCCGAUUCAGGACCGAUUGAUCAAGAUGAAGAUAGUCAAGAACUGCUUCUCCGGCAGCGAAAUGGUGGAAGCGGUCAUUCAGCGCCUUGACUGCGGCCGUAGAAAGGCCGUUGAAAUUGGAAAGCAGAUGGCCCAGAAGCUCUUUAUCCAUCAUGUUUUUGGGGAAAAUGAAUUUGAAGAUGGGAAUCAUUUCUAUAGAUUCCUUGAGCAUGGGCCAUUUAUAGCCCGGUGCUUCAAUUUCAGGGGCUCGGUUAAUGACAAUGAGCCCAAGCCCGCAGCCAUUGUUGCACAAAAACUAGCCAAGAUCAUGUCCGCCAUUUUAGAAUCUUAUGCCUCUGAAGAUCUCCAACGUGUUGAUUAUCUCACCAUUAGCAACACUGAAGAAUUUCGAAGGUACAUAAAUGUAAUAGAAGACCUUCAUCGCGUGAACCUCUUGGAACUGUCACAUAAUGAAAAGUUAGCUUUUUUCUUAAAUCUUUACAAUGCUAUGGUGAUUCAUGGGUCGAUAAGAUUUGGACGACUAGAGGGUGUAAUUGACAGAAAAUCCUUCUUCUCCGACUUCCAAUACUUAGUCGGCGGACACCCAUAUUCACUUGUAGCCAUAAAAAAUGGGAUUCUCAGAGGCAAUAGGAGGCCACCCUAUUCCUUUGUCAAACCCUUCAGCAGUGCUGACAAGCGAUUGGAGGUCGCGUUUGGGGAAGUGAAUCCAUUAAUUCACUUUGGACUGUGCAAUGGCACAAAGUCAAGCCCAAGAGUAAGAUUCUAUACUCCUCAAGGAGUCGAAGCAGAGCUAAGAUGCGCCGCAAGAGAAUUCUUCCAAAGUGGAGGAGUGGAGGUUGACUUGGACAAAAGAACUGUGUAUCUCACUGGAAUCAUCAAGUGGUUCAGUGUGGACUUUGGGCAUGAGAAAGAAAUAUUAAUGUGGAUAAUGAAGUUCUUGGAUGCCAAUAAAGCAGGUCUUUUGACACACCUUUUGGGAGAUGGAGGUCCAGUCAACAUAGCUUACCAGAACUAUAAUUGGACUAUGAAUUCUUCUUGAUGUGAUCACUUUAAUUAAUUUCUCCCAAUUGCAAAGGACAAAAAUAUCCUCAAGGAUUUUGUUUGUGGGCUUUGUCAUUCCUUCAUUGCCAACCAUUAUUGUAAAUUAGUAUUAUAGCUUUCUUCUUCUUCUUUCUCAGCCACCCCUUUCCUAAGUUUUUCUCAGAAAUCCCAAUUUUUUUCUGGGAAUAUAUGGGGUGUUGUUUUGUUGUUGGGGUUUGGGGAUAGAGGGGUACAAUGGGAAUUGGAGAUCUUCAUUAUUUACAAACCAUUAAUAUAUAAAUUUAUAUAUUACUUAUGGGAA